AUGUUCAGCCAGACGCCCGCCCCUACAUACACCUUGGUAAAACACCUUAAUCAAAUGUUGACCCCUUACGUCCCAAGUCGGUACAGCCUGCAGUCAUCGGUAGAAUUCCUAGAAGCCAUCAAGGACACCCCUGGCACCAGGAUUAUCGCCUCGUUGAACAUGGAGUCCCCGUUUACGAAUGUGCCUGUCGAUGAAACCAUCGAUAUCAUCCUUGAGCAUGUCUACAGGAGUCAGUUGACAGAGACCCUCAACAUACCCGAAGCCUCACUCUGUAUGCUGCUGGAGUUGAACCGCCAGAAGGAUGGCAUGGCGAUGGGCUCCCCACUGGGGGUACUCUUCGCUAAUUUUCACGUGGGCACCAUGGAGAAAAGUGUCUUCACCAGGAUGCAGCAACCCCGCAGAUAUAUCCGUUAUAUCGACGAUAUCUUCAAGUUGACACAAAGGAUGAGGUAG